AUGAUUGAUUAUCCGUUCUUUUUUGGAAAGUAUAUUCUAUUGUAUGGCAUUGUGUGGUCAAAAUUAGUUUUUUUUAUUGUUUCUACUAUACUAUUCUAUGAGUUGUUCUCGGCUACAGUAAUUCAUGAUAGUGAAUAUGAACAAGUGAUUGCUGAACGUUAUUUGUUUGCUCCUUUUGUUAAUGAUUCAACUGGAUGGUCUGUGCUUAAUAAUAUCUAUUCUGUCUGGCAAGCAAUUGCAUUGCCACAAUAUCACAGUCAAGCUAGCGCAGGAGUUUGGUUAUUGGCACAGAAUUUAGAUUAUGUAACUUUUAACAUGUAUUGGAUGCCUUUAACUAGCAAUGCUGUAUCGCACGAUGAAAAUUGUGCCCAAGUUCGUACGACCGCUCUGAUCGCAGCUAAUCAAGUUCAAAUCAUUUUGUGUGAUCUAUCAAAUGCUACAACUUGUCGAGUUGUACGCACUGUAGUUUUUCCCGCUAUAAUGAUGAAUAUAACGAAAAUUAAUGCUGGUCUGUUUGUUACAGAUCUCGGAAUCGAUGGCUGGUUGUAUAUUGCGAGUGAUUCUGGCCUUCAUGGAUUGGAUUUAUUUACAUAUACAAUUUUUCCUUUUCUUAAUCAGAUUAAUAGUUCUGUUUCCUCCUUAGCAUGGAGUUCUCGUCGAAAGACAGUAUUUGCUGGCACACAGAUGAAACUCUGGAUUCAGAGUUAUGACAAUAUCAGUGACCAAUGGCGAUUUGAACAUGUGAACGGACUUAUUGAUGCAUCAAUUACGUCAUUAGUCUACAGUGAUAUUCAAGACAAAUUAUGGAUUGGUCAAAAUACUGGUAUCACUCUACUAUCGCCAAUUAUACUGCCUUCGGGACGUGUGUAUUGGUAUUUUUCCCGAUUAGCCGGUAAAAUAUCGAAUCCUGGUUCUGACAUAGGUCAUUUACCAUUUGCCAAUAUAACAACAUUGAGCGUUAGCCAUUCUACAUCAUUAGAUGGCCGUGUUUGGUUAGGUGCAAUACAUGGUCUGAUGCGCUUCGAUAUAAAUGCUACAGAUAUUGAUGCUUGGCGUGUGUUCAAUAGCCCCCGAUAUAUGCCUAGUCGUCAAUCGAUUGUCAAUAUUGCAUCGUUAGCUGUACUUAGUCAAGACCGUGAAGCACCUGCUAAUUUGGGCAGUACUGCCGUAGCUGUAACGAGUCGAGGUCUAGCGGUCAUUCGUUUUGAAAUGUGGACACUAGCAAAAAAAGCGAACUAUUUUCAAAAAUGGUUUGAUUCACCCAGUAGAUAUGUGAAAUAUGGUCUUGUGUGCGGUUGUACUAUGUCAUCGUGGGGUGAUAUUCGAACUUGUGUGAAAGAACCCUGUGAUAGUGAUGGUCUCUGGACUGCAAUCUAUUUAGCCAGUCAAGUUUUUCGAUAUGCAACAACACAUGAUUUACAAGUGAAGAAAGAAGCAUGGAAAUAUUUUGAAACGCUUGAAUUACUCAAUAAAGUAACAGGUAUUCCUGGUUAUCCUAGUCGUUCGGUAGCGAAUCGUACUGAUUUUCCACCUAGAUCUCGUUGGUAUCCGUCUCCAAUUUAUUCUGAAAUUCAAUUUUAUGGUGAUAAAUCAUCAGAUGAAAUCGUUGGUCAUCAAUUUGUGCAUCCAUUAGUUCAUGAUUUACUUGCUGAAAAUGAUGAUGAACGUCAACGUGCCUAUAUACUUAUUGUUAACAUUACUACACAUAUUUUGACUCAUGACUGGUAUUUAAUUGGUGAAAAUCAUAAUCAUACAAGAUGGGGAAUAUGGAAUCCAAUACAAAUCAAUAAUGAUAGUUAUUAUCAAGAGAGUCGUGGUUUAAAUAGUCUUCAAAUCUUUGCUUUCUUAUUGCAAACGUAUGCUUAUACUGGUGAUGAACGUUUUCUCGAUGGUGUCAAUCUUCUUAUUCAGUCUUAUCAGUACGAUAUUAAUCUAAUUAAUCAAAAGAUGAUUGCUGUUUGCGAUAAUAAUUUCUCUGACGAUGAACUCGCCUAUUUAUCUUAUUUCAAUCUGUUUUAUGCUUUUCAAACGAUAAUUUCAUCAACUGUUUUAUCUGAAACGCAGAAAAAUCGAGCACAAAACAUAAUCGAUCAUUUAUUACCAUUCAAGCGAAUUGGCUUGGAUCUAUCACAUAAAUAUAAAGUCAUGGAAAAAAGUCCAUUCUACAAUUUUAUCUAUUGUUAUGUCAGUGAACUAGUUAAUCUAACUAGAGAAAUAAUAUUGAACGAAGAUUAUCACGCAUCAUUUGAUUGUGAUUCAUUGUCAAUCGAUAGUAUUUGGUAUUUAAGACGAUGGCCAUUGGAUCUUAUUGAUUGGCCACAAUUUAAUAGUGAUCUUUUAGAUAUUUCAAUGAAUAAACCAGCUUCUCAAUGUCAAAAUGAAUUUCAAUCAUUGGACUUAAUACCGCCCGAUGAACGAUCUAGUCAUAGAUGGAAUUCAGCCAUUUAUGAUGUUGACGAUGGAGAUUGA